CCUAAGAUGGCGGCCGGGCGGAGAGACUGAAGGUUGCUGCGCUGAGGUGAGGGGCGUCUGGCCGAGCGCCCCCGGCCCCGCAGGGCUCUGCUCUCACGGCGGGCCGCUCUCGCCCAUCCCCUGCCCCGAGCCGAGCUGGGGGCGCGGAGGAGCGGCCGGUCCAUGGCCAGGAGGCGGCCGGUGCGGUCGCCGCGGCCCCCAUCGCCAUGGACCUGCGCACGGCUGUGUACAACGCGGCCCGCGAUGGGAAGCUGAAGCUGCUGCAGAAGCUGCUGGGCAGCCGCAGCCGGGAGGAGCUGGAGGCGCUCACGGCAGGGCCCGGCGGAGGGGACGGCCCCGGGGGAGGGAGCACUCCGCUGCUGAUCGCCGCCCGGCACGGGCACCUGGAGGUGGUAGAGUACCUGCUGGAUCACUGCGGGGCACGCGUGGAGGAGGGCGGCUCGGUUAACUUCGACGGGGAGACCAUCGAGGGGGCCCCGCCGCUCUGGGCGGCAUCCGCGGCCGGGCACCUGGGGGUGGUGCGGAGCCUGCUCGAUCACGGCGCGUCGGUGAACCAGACCACUCUGACCAACUCCACGCCGCUGCGGGCUGCCUGCUUCGACGGGCACCUGGAGAUCGUGCGGUACUUAGUCGGCGAGCGCGGCGCUGACCUAGAAGUAGCCAACCGACACGGACACACUUGCUUGAUGAUUUCUUGCUACAAAGGGCACCGGGAGAUUGCCCGCUACUUGCUAGAGAAAGGGGCUGAUGUCAACCGCCGGAGCGUGAAGGGGAAUACAGCCCUGCAUGACUGCGCCGAGUCUGGCAGCCUGGAGAUCCUGCAGCUCCUGCUCCGCUCCAAGGCCCGCAUGGAGAAAGAUGGCUAUGGCAUGACUCCUCUGCUAGCUGCCAGUGUCACCGGGCACACCAACAUUGUAGAGUACCUCAUCCAGGGAGGGCUGCAGCAGGAGGAGGAGGAGGUUGCAGGGAACCAAAACGGGACCUGUGCGUCAGGUGGGAGCCUGCAGAAGUGCUGCGGCGCCGGCAAGGAAGCUCCGCAGGGCUGCGAGGAGGGGUGUGAGAGAUGUUGUGCCUCAGCUUCCAGUCAGGAUGAGCAGCAGGUCCCUAACGUGUUCUGCACUCGAGAGGCUGCUGUGGAAGCCCUGGAAUUGCUGGGUGCUACCUUUGUGGAUAAGAAACGUGACCUUUUGGGAGCCCACAAGUACUGGCGAAGGGCGAUGGAGCUUCGGUGCGAGGGUGGGCAGUACCUGCCUAAACCUGAGCCCCGGCAGCUGGUGUUAGCCUACGACUAUUCCCGGGAAGUGAGCUCGCUGGAGGAGCUGGAAGCUUUGAUCACGGAUCCAGACGAGAUGCGCAUGCAGGCGCUGCUGAUCCGAGAGCGCAUCCUGGGGCCCUCCCACCCAGACACUUCCUACUACAUCCGGUACCGAGGAGCUGUCUACGCUGACUCCGGCAACUUCGAGCGCUGCAUUAACCUCUGGAAGUAUGCUCUGGACAUGCAGCAAGGCAACCUGGAGCCUCUCAGCCCCAUGACUGCCAGCAGUUUCCUUUCUUUUGCUGAGCUGUUCUCUUACGUGCUUCAGGACCGCUCCAAAGGCACUUUAGCUACUCACUUGGGCUUCUCUGACCUCAUGGGAGUCCUCAGCAAAGGGGUCCGGGAGGUGGAGAGGGCUCUCAUGCACGGUAAGGACCCUGUAGUUGACUCAGCACAGUUCACCAAGACCUUGGCCAUUAUCCUCCACCUGGUCUUCUUGCUGGAGAAGGUGGAGUGCAGCCCGGAGCAGGAGCACCAGAAGCGCCAGACCAUCUACCGCCUGCUGAAGUGCAGCCCCCGGGCCAAGAACGGCUUCACUCCUUUGCAUAUGGCUGUGGACAAGGACACCACAACAGUUGGACGUUACCCCGUGGGCAAGUUCCCCUCCCUCCACGUGGUGAACUUGCUCCUGGAGUGUGGGGCCGACCCGGACAGCCGUGACUAUGACAACAACACCCCGCUGCACGUGGCCGCCCGCAACAACUGCCCGCUGAUCAUGAGCGCCCUGAUGGAGGCUGGAGCUCACAUGGAUGCCACCAACGCCUUCAAGCAGACUGCUUACGAGCUGCUGGAUGAGAAGCUGCUCACCAAGAGCAUGAUGCAGCCCUUCAAUUACAUCACCCUCCAGUGCCUUGCUGCCCGCGCCCUGGACAAGCACAAGAUUCCCUACAAAGGUUUCAUCCCCGAGGAGCUGGAAGCCUUCAUUGAACUGCACUAGGGCGGGAGAGCUGAAGUCCCCAACCUUCCCUCUCACCUCUUUCACCCCACAGAGGUACCAGGAAUCUCCAGGGCACUGUAUCCAGAGAAGGCCACAGCCCCCUGCCCUUUCCCAUGCCAGCCAUCUUGUCCUGAGGAGGAAGGAAAAUGGAGACUCCCUGGGACCUGCUGCCUCUGCUGUUAGUGCUGGAUUAACUCAGCGUUCCGCUUCGGAGCAGCUACACAUCACACACCUGCUCUAGCCCUUCCAUCCCUAGCACUGAGCAGAUAGGAAUGCAAGUGAGGAGUAAAAUCCUUUUCCAACUCAUUCUUUUCCCCCUCCCUUCUCAGACUUAGUGCAGUCUAACAGCCAAGAGGCUUGUGCUCUGCUGAGGUAGUUGCCUUGCAUGGCAGUAGGGCUGGGUGUGCUGAGGAUGGGUUUUUUGUCUUCUCCCUUGGUUGGCCAAGUAGCCAGUGGUGGUAACAAGCUGAGAUGUCAAUGAUGGUGCAUAAAGCUGGGUUAUUUUUUCUCUUUUAGAGCCAGGCCCUAUCUAUGCUGCAAGACUUCUUCAAUCCUGUAAGAUGUAGUAAGGUCAGUUCUGGUUAUGCAAGUUUCAUUGAGAGAUGCUUUUUAUGAAUGGGGAGGAAAAUCUGCUACCUGAAGAACAAAAUCCUGCUCUGGCCCUUGGGCCCUUAGCUUGCCCCUUCCUCACAUCAAGGUCCUUUAGCUCCAGCAGGUCAUCAGGGCUGGAGCUGUGCAGGGUGGAUGUGGCUGGGUUUCAAAGCCAAGGCAGUGCACUGUGAACCUCUUGGAGGAUGUACUCUUGCAAGCCCUCUAGGAUGAGAGGUCCUCCUAGUGUGGGUGGUGCUUGGGGGGAUGAUUAAAGCAGGUGAGCCUGGUGGCAGGUUUGCAUGAGGGUGGUCUGAAGGAAGGAGCAAGAAAGAAGCGAAAGUUGAAGGUGCCUUCUUCUGAGGUUUGUCAGUGUCAGCUGCUUGGGCUCAGAUCAUGAUCCCAUUCUGAAGAGCUACACAGAGUGGGUUGUGUUAGCAUCUGGUUUUGGCUUUUAAUUCUCUUUCCAACUUCCUUGAGGAUGGUGCUACUUGAAAGAUCAGAUUUGAAAUCUCCUUUGGAUUCCAUUUGGGGCAAGCUCCUUUCUUAAUGAGGAUCUGCACACAACUUGUUCAGUCCUUAGUCUCAGGGUAGGUAUUUCCCUCCUGGGUGGCAGGUGGGCAGUGUUGGUAAACACGACGCUGUUCCAGCAGUUUAUCUUCUUGCAGGGGGAGUGACUUUGGCAGCCUGUGGCUCAUUUCUUGGCCCUGAACAGAAUGCAAAGCACAGUUUGGAGGUGGGGAGGGUGGGGAGGAGAGUGUGAAGCAGCUGCCUGUGAGCUUUGGGAAAGGUCAAGACUGGGGAGAGCAGAACCCUGACAACCAACCAUGCACUAUUUUGCUACUGAAGCUUCUCUACUUGUAUUUAUAGCCAGCACCUCCAUAUGCCUCAAUAACCCAAUGCUCUCUGCCCCCUCAAGGUAUUGUAGAUCCUGCCAUGACAUUUUUGCAGUGUUAACUAUAUCUAAAGCAAGGAGAUUUAACUUUCUCUUGAGCUUGUAAAGUGCAGUUAGUUUAGCUACAUUCUUUUGGGUUGUUUUUUUUUUCCAGUUUUAUUUUCUUUUCCCUUUGUUUUGGCUGAAACCUGAACUAAACUGCAGGAAUGGAAUUUGUUAAUUUGUGAGCUGAGAAGCAUUCUUAACUUUAAAUAAUAAAAGAGAGACACACACACACACAAAA